UCAGAAACAGCUGAUGAUGGCUUGUCGUUAUGUUUUGAAGUCUGGAUUUCAUCUAGAAAUGUAUGCCAAAGUCAGCCCUAACAUUGGACUAACUACCAUCGGGAAACUAAUUCUUCACAGUCGACAGUUUCAUUCCCAGAGGUGUGCUUUAUCCAAAUUUGGAUUCCUUUUUGAUAUUGAUGGUGUUAUCGUCCGGGGAAAACGUCUCCUACCUUCUGCCAAGGAGGCGUUUGUCGCACUGACGGACAGGCACGGCAACUUUCGUGUUCCCUGUCUCUUUGUUACUAAUGCUGGAAACACGCUAAGACAGAAGAAGGCACAGCAGCUGUCUGAUUGGCUGGGUAUUCAGGUUUCCCAAGAUCAGGUUGUUAUGUCACACAGUCCAGUAAAGAUGUUCACCCAGUUCCACGAGAAGCAUGUCCUAGUGUCGGGUCAAGGUCCAAUUCACGAGAUUGCCAAAUGUCUCGGGUUUCGGCAUGUGACCACGGUCGAGCAGCUUAGACAGGUGUAUACUAAUCUGGACAUGGUUGACCACACUCGCAGAAAGGCAGCGCCUUGUGCCUUUGAAAAGUACUUUCCAAGAAUAGAAGCUGUGAUACUGUUUGGAGAACCUGUCAGAUGGGAGACCAAUCUCCAGCUGAUAAUAGACGUUCUCAUGACGGAUGGGAAACCGAUGUCACCUCCGAAACAAACCAUACACCCCCAUCUACCUAUUAUAGCUUGCAAUAUGGAUCUCUUGUGGAUGGCAGAAGCACCUCUUCCGAGAUUUGGUCAUGGUUGUUUUCUGAACUGCUUGGAAAGUUUGUAUUUGAAAAUCACUGGUUAUGAAUUGAAGUACACUGCUUUGAUAGGUAAACCGAGUGAAAUCACAUACCACCAUGCAGAUCAUAUGUUGAGACAACAGGCCAAGCAAAUGGGAAUAAAUGGAAUCAAGACAAUAUAUUGUAUAGGAGACAACCCAGAGACUGAUAUAUAUGGUGCCAAUCUGUACAACCGAUAUCUACAAAAGAGAGCACGAUCUCACAAAAAACUCAUGUCUUCCAACUCUGUACCAAUGCAAGCCAUGGCCCAGGCCAGUGGUCAACAGAUCACGGAUGUAACCACGGAAACCGAUGCAUCAGAUGACUGUGACGAGGAUGAUAUAGGAUCAACCAUGAUCGAUAGUGAUGAAAACUUUGCUGAAAAGUGUGAGAGCAUUCUAGUGUGCACCGGUGUCUAUUGUACCGAUAGAGAUUUUGUGACUUUUGGAGGUAAAAAGUCAUCCAAUCACAAUCAUAGAGACUUUGUGAUUGACCCGGAACUGAAAAAGCCAAAACAUGUCUCGUUGAACAUCCUUGAGGCCUUGAAGAUGGUGUUUGAGAAAGAGGGUUUUCAUUGACAACAGCUGUAUUUAGAAGUUUUAAUAGUUAGAAUAUUACGUGCUUGGUCCAUUUGAUUUGGAAGAUGUUUUUUAUAUAUAUAUAUAUAUAUAGUCUAUGAUAUCAAGGGUUGACAACUAAAAUAGAUAUGUCCAGUCACAAUUUUGAGAAACACAAGUUUUAUACUUUAAAUUAUCCUGAAAGAUCCUAAAUGAAAGCAAAGCAAUUAUUUAAAAUUUAAUUAUUCGAAAUGUAUCUAUUUAUAUACAUGUAGGUUUGCAUUGUUUUUAUUACAUGUAUACAGAGAUUAAUGUUUUCCAAAAUUUAUCAGCAAUUCCAGAUUUUUAAUCGUCUAUACAGUGUUUCCACUGUUUGUCAAAAAAUUUCCAUAAUAUUCUUUUAAAACUUACAAUAUGGUUUCUGCUGAUGCUUUGCAUCCAUUCUGAAUGGGGGCUGCCAGUUUAGACCAUAACCUUAGGGCCAAUCUUAGUACCCGACCACCAAUAUUCAUCGAAAUAUUAACAUGUUGCUGGCCAAAUAUAUCAUUGUAACCUACUCAGAAUAUUUUAGAUAGGCCCUACCGGGUAAUUUUGCCAAUGGCAACAUUUAGGAGACGUCUGUGUUGUAUCUGCUUGUAACAGCAAGCAAAACAGUUGAAAAUAAGAGAGAAACAAUGCAAAUUAGUGGACUACUCUCAUUUGUGCCAAGAGGGGACAUAAGUUAACCAGUUCUAGUUGUCUGCCCUUGAUGUAUUUGCUGAUUUUAUCCUACGAAUGAUGGCUUUAAGUAUGUGUGUCUGUGUCUUUGUCUGUGUGUGCAUGCAUGUGUUUGUGAACAUAAGCAGGUACAUGGACAUUUUAGGUGUGUGUGUGUGUGUGUCUGUGUGUGUGUGUGUGUUUAAUGUGAGUGAAAAUUCAGAGCCUACAUUUUUUAGGAAGUAUACCCGGUAACGUUUCUGAAUCAACAGCUAUUAAAGGCAUGGGCACACAGCAGUUGAUGUACUAAAGACACCGAUUCUGUAUCUUGAAAUAUACAUACACUGCAUGUGUGUGUGUGUUCCUCUUUUAAAUAGCAUUAGCUCAAAAUGAAGAAAGUUAACUUUAAUUAAUUAUAUACCAAAAUAUAAAAAGUGGGAUAUGACGAAUUUGAAGCAAAUGAAUGUUAUUCUCAUGAUAAAAGGUUUCUGUGCAUUGAACUAAACAAAAUAGGCUCUAUGUUUGACAGUACUAAAGGAAAAAUCUAACCAUUUUCAAUAAUUUAUUAAUUUUUUCAUUAAUUUCAAUCAAUCUUAAACAUUAUAUAGAUGAUUUUGCACAAAUAUAUUGAUGUCAUCAUCUUUGUCAAAUUUUACUUAUUUACAAAAUUUACAGUAACAGUUGGUUCGAUCCGAAUUUUUUUUACAUGCUCAUAUACCACAGAGGUUCCAAGUUGGUUUGAGACGAUUUUAUUUGGUUCACAGGAACAUUUUUCCAUGAGUAUAUUUUCAGGCAAUUUGAAAUUGGGCCAUUUGCAUGAAGUAGAUCACUGCCAUACAACCAUAGCCCAUUUAGUGGCAGCAGGUUUCACUUGUCUCUCAAUCAAGUGCUAAAAUAACCAUAUUUCAGACCAAAUAGCUAUAGUUUUUUUCUUUUCUUUUUUGUCUGCUAGAUAGAUAUUACUAAAGGUUUGUAGUUUGUGUGAGAUAGAAAAAAACAAAACAGAUUAUGCAUCCUUCUUUAUUAGUAACAGGUUUCGUCUGUCUCUCAAUCAAGUGCUAAAAUAAGCAUAUAACAUAUUUCAGACACCAAAUAGCUGUAAUUUAAAAUGAGCUGGUGUUGUUAAACAAACAUUCCUUUCUUUCUUUCUGAAUUAACAGCUAUUCAGUUUUACAAUAUACCUUCCGUGUGUAAUACAGGCAGACAGUUGCUGUAGUAAGGCUAAAUAACAUUAAUGUUAGUUUUUUUGUGGGGUUUUUUUUUUUUUUUUGUCUCCUAAAUAAAUAUUACUAAAAGUUUGUAGUUCGUGUGAGAUAGAAAAAAACAAAACAAAUUAUGCAUCCUUCUUUGUUAAUAACAAUGCAUAACUCGUUUAUUUCAUGCAUUAAUGCGUCAGUUGUUGUUUUUUGGUUGGUUUUUAUGCUAUUCUGAAUCAGUACCUGUUAAAUUAAAUGUGCAUGCAUACAUCUAGAAUAUUGCUAUGUGAGUAUAAUGGUUAAAUAUCUUAACCAACAAUGUCUCUAUAUAUUACUAACAGUGUAACUCUUGAGAUAAUAAUGUAUGCCUUAUUUGGCUGUGAAUAAUGUCAUACAACACAUCUGUAGGAUGCAUUAUAUUAAUGCAUUAGAGUGUGGGUGAGAUGAAAAUGCAUAUCAGUAACACCUGGUUUGUGCUUAAAAAACUGUGUAGUCUAAAUCCAAGGUUGAAACUGAUGCCAGGAAUAAAUAGAGGAUAUUUCACAAGUGUUUUUUAAUAUGGAAAAUAUCAACCGAGACUAUGUUAAUCGGUAU